CAUGAUGUCAUCAGAUUUCACUGGUAGGAUGAGUGACAAAGCAUUACUAAUCAUUACUACAAAGCUAAUAAAGAGUCAUUUAACAGUGAUGUCAUGAAGCCUCAAGUUAAUUUUUUAAUUUUGGAUAUGUGCUAGGCACUGACGAUGACCGAUCACAUUCAUAGGCUAAUACAGAUGCAGUACAACAAAUAAAAGAAAAUGUGUGGAGAGAGGUUGCAGAGGAGUGAAGGCAUGACUGAAUAUAAACUGGUGGUGGUGGGAGCUGGAGGCGUCGGCAAGAGUGCUCUCACUAUCCAGCUUAUACAGAAUCACUUUGUGGAUGAAUAUGACCCCACUAUAGAGGAUUCGUACAGGAAGCAGGUCGUGAUUGACGGAGAGACUUGUCUACUGGAUAUCUUGGACACUGCAGGUCAGGAGGAGUACAGCGCCAUGAGGGACCAGUACAUGAGGACCGGGGAGGGCUUCCUCUGUGUCUUUGCCAUUAAUAACAGCAAGUCCUUUGAGGACAUUCACCAAUACAGGGAGCAGAUCAAACGGGUGAAGGAUUCAGACGAUGUGCCCAUGGUGCUUGUUGGUAAUAAAUGUGAUCUGCCAGCUCGGACAGUGGACACACGGCAAGCGCAAGAGCUCGCCCGAAGUUACGGCAUCCCAUUCAUUGAGACCUCGGCCAAAACCAGACAAGGUGUGGAGGACGCAUUUUAUACCCUUGUACGGGAGAUCCGUCAACACAAAAUGAGGAAGCUGAACCCUCCAGACGAGAGCGGACAGGACUGCAUGAGCUGCCGUUGCGUUGUGUCGUGAUCAAGCUGACUAGCGGGAGUUGGGAGAAUUUGACCCACGGUUCCGUAUGGCAGAAUGGCCCAGAGAGGAAAGACUAUCAUGUCAUCUGAAAGAGACUGUUUAUGAAAAGCAAGCAAGGACCCUUGCGAAUCGAACAUUUGAAACAGGAAGGAGCCUUGAUUUGACCACCUGAGUGACCUCUCUGGGUGUUCACAUCUGCCUGAUCAUCACCACUAAUGACUUAAUUGUUUAUGUUCUUUAUUUGUAACCCCAGUGUGCUAAUACUCUGUGGGCUCUGUGGAUUUCUGCUAAAUUAUUGUUCUUGAAGUCUCAACACUGGUCUUAAACGGACUUUGCAUCUCUCCUGACCUCAACGUCAUUCAAACAAACCUUCCUCUGCUCAGAUUGCAAGGACUGGACACUAGUGACCUCAUCCCAUGUCCCCUGAUCCCUUCAGUUGCACCUCACGGAAAGCAUAUCGGGUUGGGUGUAGAAAGUUGGAAGCUAUGUUCAAUUUAUUCUUAAAGAAGUCGCUCCUCAAAGAUAUUUGUUUCACUUAAUAUUCAGUUUUAACAACCUUUGUGAAUAAGGGGCUUUGAAAUCCAAACGGGAGCAUUAGUUAUGUGUAUGUUAUGAAAAUAAAAAGGCUGACUGGAUUUUCAAUAAUAAAACUGUUGAGCUGU